AUGGGUAGGAUUGGGCAGGAUAUACUAGGACUUAACCUACACGGACAGGAUAUACUAGGAUUUAACCUACACAGGCAGGAUAUAUUAGGAUUUAACCUACACAGGCAGAAUAUACUAGGACUUAACCUACAUGGACAGGAUAUACUAGGAUUUAACUUACAUGGGCAGGAUAUACUAGGAUUUAACUUACAUGGGCAGGAUAUACUAGGAUUUAACUUACAUGGGCAGGAUAUACUAGGACAUAACCUUCAUGGGCAGGAUAUACUAGGAUUUAACUUACAUGGGCAGGAUAUACUAGGACAUAACCUUCAUGGGCAGGAUAUACUAGGAUUUAACCUACACAGGCAGGAUAUACUAGGAUUUAACCUACACAGGCAGGAUAUACUAGGACUUAAUCUACACGGGCUAGAUGUACUAGGACUUAACCUACAUGGGCAAGCUAUGCUAGGACUUAAUCUACAUGGGCAGGAUAUACUAGGACUUAACCUACAUGGGCAGGAUAUACUAGGACUUAACCUACAAGAGCAGGAUGUAGUAGGACUUAACCUACACGGGCAGGAUAUACUAGGAUUUAACUUACAUGGGCAGGAUAUACUAGGACAUAACCUACAUAGGCUGGAUAUACUAGGACUUAACCUACAUGGGCAGGAUGUACUAGGACUUAACCUAUACGGACAGGAUGUACUAGGUUUAAUUUACAUGGGCAGGAUAUACUAG